AAAGCGUGGAGGAGGCAGGAGCACUGGAACUUGUCAAGUUCCUGCUCUGCCCAGGUCACCAUGAGUCUUGCAUUGCAUGAGCUUCUCCUCUGCUGUCGACAACUUGAAACUGACAAGGCAACUGAACGACGGAAAGAAAUUGAUAAGUUUAGGCGUCUUCUUCGAGAUCCAGAGACCGUUAAGCAGUUAGAUCAUAAUUCUGACUCCCGGCAUGGAAAACAGCUCAACUGGGACACUGUCUUCAGGUUCUUGCAGAAAUACAUCCACAAAGAAACAGAAAGCCUUAAAUCUGCCAAGGCAAAUGUGUCUCAUUCCACGCAAACCGCACGUCAGAAAAAAAUGCAAGAUAUCAGCAGUCUAGUGAAAUAUUUCAUCCGAUGCGCCAAUAAACGUGCUCCUCGAUUAAAAUGCUCCGAGCUUUUGCUUCAUGUGACCAACACUGUGAAUGAUCCUACCACCUGUGCUGCGUAUGGGGCGGAUUACAGCAGUAUACUUCUUAAGGAUAUUCUCUCUGUCCGCAAGUACUGGUGUGAGAUCACUCCUCAGCAGUGGAAAGAAUUGCUGACGUUGUAUUGUAACUUGUACUUAAAACCAAACAGUGCCAUAAACCGCUUGUUAGUGGCUCGUAUCAUCCACACAUUGACUAGAGGAUGCUGUCUCCAGACAGAUGGAAUGCGCACAGAAUGUUUUAAAUUCUUCUUGAAGGCAAUGCAAAGAGCAAGAGAGGAGAGAAACCCGCCUGGACUGGACCACAUUCUUGCUGCUCUCAAUGUGUUUCUUAGUGUGGCUUCUUUGAACUGCCGCAUGCGAGUGUGCAAGCUGGGUGAAGACCUUUUUCCAACUGUGUUGCGAAUAUGGACACAACAUCGACCUAAGGAUGCUUUAAAGGAGGAGAUUGUGGAGUUCUUUAGCUUGCAGCUACGUACUCACCAUCCAAAAGGAGCAAAAACCACAGAAGAAGGGGCGUAUGCAUGUGACCCCGACAGAUGGCAGAGGAAUUUGUACAGUUUGUAUGACAUUAUGGUCCAUGAGAUCAGCCAGAUAGGAAGUAGGGGAAAAUAUUCAUCCGGAUCACGUAAUGUUUCAGUCAAGGACAAUUUGGUGGAACUAAUGGCAGAUCUUUGCCAUCAGCUCUUCACCGAAGAUACUCGAGUCCUGGAGAUCACCCAAGCUUCUUUUGCAGUUACGCAGAGAGAAGCACCAGGUGAGGGAAUACCGAGUAAGCGUCGGAGGAUCGAACUGGGUUGGGAAGUGGUGCGAGACAACCUUCAGAAGUCACACAAUGACUUUGAUGUUAUCCCAUGGUUACAAAUCACAUCCUGUCUGAUAUCCAGGCACCCAAUGAGCCUGCCCAGCAGCGAGCUGACUCCUUUAUUAACAGUUCUGCUCCAGUUACUUGCUCAGCAAAGGCGAGGAGAGAGAGCUACCUUCGUGUUGAGGUGUCUGAAGGAAGUCGCAAUUUGUCAGAAACAGAAGACAGAUGUGAUGGUCACUGUGAAAUCAGACCUUUACAAACUGUGGGCAAAGAUCUGGGCAGUUACUUUGCGCAGCAUUAGUUCCCCACAAACUGAAGUAGAACGCUUUUCCCUGCUAGGUGUCAUUCUGCAAGGAAAUCUCAUACCUGCGGACAGAGAUUUUUGGAAGGUGUUUGCGGGGUCUGCUGGUAAACCAUCCAGCUCUGCAUUGCUCUGCUUGUCAGUGGCUCUUGAAUCCUGUGCCCUCCCAGAGCAUCUCCACACGGGAUUAGAACAGCUGGGGAGUGACCUCAGCGAAAGUAAAGGAUUGCUAAAAGAAGACAUUAUAAAGUGGUUACUCUUUGGCCAUUUGGAGGAUGACAUGGAAGAUAAUAAUGAGCUUUCCCCGGUUAUAACCAAAGACUUUUGUCACCCUGCUCUGCAGAAAGUCCUUGUGAGCCUAUCAAUCAAAGACUCUUGUGCUGCUAUGACUUUUUUUGGAAGCUUUUCAGAAUGCUCACACCAUGUUCGAGGAAACAAUGAGGCCAUUUUCUCUGAAACAGAAGAGCUAUACCUGCGUGCUUCAUUUAAUGAAAUGACCUUGUUGUCCAAUACAAGUGGCGCAGAUUCCUCCAAUAGGUCAAGAUCUGUAUGCCUUACUGUGAAUUCAUCCAUUAGACAGAAGUUGGAGCAUGACCUGACCACUUUGUCUGAGCAGUUAGUGAACAGUUACUCAUCAGAGACUACACCGGUGGUAAACCUUGUUCACUGUGCUAGUCUUCUAAUUGGGGUCCUGGCUGGUUACUGUUAUGCUGAUGUCAUCAGUGAAGAAGAUGCCUACAAAUCUCCUUUGUUUCAAAAGGCCAAGAUGCUGAUGCAGUGUGCUGGUGAGAGCACUUCAUUCCUAAAGUCAAAAGUGGGUGAAGAUGCCAAAAUAGUGCCAUUAGCAUCAUUUGUCACACAGUGCCUGGGCUGUGUAUGCAACUGUACAAAGGAUACUUCAGCUCAGUUUUUCAAAGUCUUCUUCUUACGCAUCUUAUCACCAAGGAUGUUAACUGAUCUGUGCGAUAUCUGUAAAUACUUGAUAAGCAACACUGGUAGUCCAGUGGAGAGCAACGAGGUAGACCUCAUGGAUACUGACCUAGAUUCUAGAAUGGAGGUAGAAGACCAAGGGACUGUGGACCUUAUUGACGACGAGCGUUCUGCGGAAAGUUCGGAUGGCACAGACAUUGGAGAGCUACAGAAUGUUACUGGUGCUGUCUGUCCCUUAUCUGAGGAACAUCUAAAAAAACAAGAUUCUCUCCUGCUACAGACAUUGCAGUUUUUGUGUGUCUGUGCAUCAGCGUCUCAGAACCUCAAUGUUUCCUUCAGACCAUCUGAUAUACGACGGAAACUCCUCAACCUGAUCGAUAGUAACUCAUGGGAUAUGAACAAACCUCUACAUCUUCAUGGGUAUUUACAGUUGUUAAGUGAGAUGCCAUUGCAAGAUUCGCCUUUGCCUGUUGAUGACAUCAAAGUGUUGCUGAAGCCUCUCCCUGAUGUGUGCUCUACUUAUCGUCGGGACCAGGAGGUAUGUGCUGCUAUAUUACACCGGCUGCUUCCUGUCAUCUUGUGCUUGUCCCAAGAGAACAUGGAUACAGACGAGACGUUUGACGCAGAAGGGCAGCUCUUGAACAUCAUCCAAGCUUUUUGGCAUCUGACAAAAGAUGGAAAAUGUACACACUUAGUCAGACUUGAACUGGUAAAGUGCUUGAAGACUCUGAUCGAGGUGGAUCCUCUGGCUAAGUGGACUAUCCUCACGGUAGGAGGCACAGAUCUUCAUGUAAGAGAUGCCUUCCCUCAGUUCCUGGCAGAUCCCAAUCACCAAGUCCGUUUGCUCACUGCAACAUCGGUAAACAGACUAUUCCAGAAUAUCAGCUCACAACCUCUGCCUAGGCAGUUGCAACUACAAGCUUUUGAUAAUGCAUACCUGAAAGUUCAAGAAGGAAUGGGCUACCUGUCUCGUAGUGGCCUUGACCCAGAAGAUCUCCUUGACGAGCAGUACAACCGAAAAUCAACACUACUCAUGCUGAUAUCUGUGAUCCUGCUAAGCAGUCCUGUAUGUGAGAAGCAGGCGCUCUUUGCAGUUUGUCAGUCUGUCAAAGAAAAUCAGCUGGACCCUCAGCUCAUAAGGAAGGUGUUGCAAAAAGUUUCUGCCAAACUGGGUUACAGAAGUGUGAGCGACUUUAUGACUUCACACUUAGAUUACUUGGUUCUCGAGUGGCUACGAAUGAAGGAUACUGGCUACAACAUAUCCAAUUUCCCUUACGUCUUGUUAAACUACUCCUCACUCCAAGAGUUCUACAGAUGCUGCUACAAAGUACUUAUUCCGCACCUCGUAAUACGAAGUGACUUUGAAGUAGUGAAGGCUGUAGCUCAGCAAAUUGAAGAGGACUGGAAGGUCCUUCUGGCCAAUUGUUUUCCAAAGAUUCUGGUCAACGUCCUGCCUUACUUUGCCUAUAAAAGUGCAGAAGACCCAGAGAUGGCCAAGAAGAGGGAACUUGCAUCUAAAGUAUAUGAUUUGCUACAAGAUGAAAAUUGCUUGGGCAAGCAGCAAAUUGAUGGCUUGUUUCUCCGUCACUUGCCCGAUAUUGUGGGGGAGCUGCUGAUGACGUUACAUGAAACCUUCACCGGCGCAAACACUGAACAGUCUGACUUAAUUCAGUUUGCUGGGGAAUUGGAUCCAGCCCCAAAUCCUCCAUAUUUUCCAUCCUAUGUCAUAAAGGCAACCUUGGAUUAUAUCAGCAGCUGUCACAAAAGCAAGCUCAAAAGUCUUGUGGCGAUUCUAUCAAAGACCCCUGAGUCCUUUCAAAAAAUAUUAUUGUCGAUUAGCACGCAAGCUGCAGAAACCAGCAAUGUCUACAAGAAGCACCGGAUUUUAUCUGUCUACCACCUGUUUGUUAACCUGCUGCUUCUAGAAAUGAAAGAUGGUCUUGGAGGUGCUUGGGCUUUUGUUUUGAGAGAUGUCAUUUACACCUUGAUCCACUACAUCAACAGCAGGGUUUCCCACUCUGUUGAUGGAGUCACUGCACGCACUUUUCUGUUGUGCCUUGACCUUCUGCACCGUGUUUGUCAAACGGCUGUUGAUUACUGCAAGGACGCCUUAGAGAGUCACCUACACGUCGUCGUGGGCACACUGAUCCCGUUGGCCAACAGCCAGGUUGAAAUUCAAACACAGGUGUGUGACUUGUUAACCUUCCUGGUGAUUGAGAACAAGGACAAUGAGCAUCUUUACCAUACAAUUAAACUACUGGACCCUUUCCCGGAUUGUCCUAUCUUUAAGGAACUGCGCCAAGUCCAUCAGAGAAUCAAGUACAGUCGAGGCCCGUACACUCUUCUACAGGAAGUAAACCAUUUUCUGUCUGUAAGCAUCAGUGAUUCUCUUCCUCUGACGAGGCUGGAAGGUUUAAAUGACUUACGAAAACAAUUGGAGCAACAUAAGGAUCAGAUGAAAGAUCUUGUUAGAGAUUUCGAAGUUAAUCCACAAGAAAGUGUUAUUAUGAGACUUGUGGUUAAUCUGCUACAGCUUGCCAAGUGUGCUGUCCAUCAUGAAAACGGCAAAGAGGUUUUAGACGCUGUUGGAAGUUGCCUUGGUGAAUUGGGGCCUAUCGACUUUUCUACUAUAGCACUCCAGCACAGAAAGGACCCCGUAUAUUUCAAAGCCAUGGAGGUUUUCACUGACAAUGAGCUUCAGUGUGUGCUUGUCAUCCUGACAUUAAUAAAUAAUGCCAUGACAGACCACUGUAUCCAGGUCCGAUCAGCGGCUGCAACUUGUUUAAAAAACAUUUUGGCCACGAAAACUGGCACCUUGUUUUGGGAUGCAUAUAAAGACAGUGGGGAUCCCAUGCUGGCAUACCUGCAGCCGUUCCGCAUUGCUAAGAAAAAGUUUCUGGAAGUAGACGGCAUUGAGACAGAAAGUUCUUUGGAAAUCUUAGAUGACUCCAGUCUUUGGAUAGCCCAGAAUGACAGCCAUGAGAGCUGGUUAAAAAACCUGACAUGCGCAGUUCUAGACAGUGGUGGCGUGAAAAGUGAGGUUCUUCUGUUACUAAAGCCAAUGUGCGAGGUAAAAGCAGACUUCUGUCAAGCUGUUCUGCCGUAUCUCUUCCAUAAUAUUCUGCUUCAAGACUCCAAUGAAACUUGGAGAAAACUUUUAUCAAAGCAUAUCCAGGGCUUUUUCACAUCAUGCUGUCGGUCUGCAACAAACACAAGUAGAUCAGCUACACCAGCAAGCUCAGAUUCAGAGUCUGACUGCUUAGCGAGGGGGACUCUGGAUAUUGCCUCAAGGCGUACAAUGCUAAGCGUGGUUGAAUACUUGAGAAAACAAAGAAGGCCAGUAUCAGGAACAGCCUUUGAUGACAAUUUCUGGCUGGAUCUGAACUACCUUGAGGUGGCCAUGGCAGUCCAGUCCUGUGCCGCUCACUUCACUGCUUUACGGUACGCUGAAAUCUACGCAGACAAGAUAAAACUUGACGGAGAGCAACGAGCAAGGUCGAUGACCAGUGCCCGAAAGAGUCUUAAAUUUGAAGAGGAAAGUCAAGUUAUGAUGAUAACCAGUUUAAGUGAGAAAAGCAAAGAAGAGACGGGGAUAAGUCUGCAGGAUCUGUUACUGGAGAUAUACAGAAGUAUUGGAGAACCUGAUAGCUUAUACGGCUGCGGAGGAGGAAAAAUGCUUCAAGCUCUUGCAAGAAUCCGGACCUAUGAGCACGAGGCCAAGUGGGAAAAUGCCUUGCUUACUUAUGAUGUAGAGUCAGAUCUCCCUCAAGCUACCCGUCAAGCUGGGAUAAUGCAGGCUUUGCAGAACUUCGGCUUAUGCCACAUUCUGUUUACCUACCUACGAGGGCUUGACCGUGAAAAUGCAGAAUGGUCAGCUGAGCUCCAUGAAAUUCGCUACCAAGCUGCUUUGAGGAACAUGCAAUGGGAUGACAGCCCACCCAUCAGGCAUGAUGCUGCCGGACCUGGCUAUCACGAAUCGCUCUACCGUUCCAUACAGUCUUUGAGGGACAAAGAAUUUUCUGUCUUCCACGAUCACCUUAAAUUUGCCAGGGUUACACAAGUGGAAGAACUGUGCAAAGGGAGCCUGGAGUCUGUGUACUCUCUCUACCCAGCGCUGAGUAGACUGCAAGCUAUUGGAGAACUUGCAAAUGUCAGUCACGUGUUUUCCAGGUCGGUCACUGAUCAUGAUUUAAAUGAGACGUACACGAAGUGGCAGAGGCAAUCCCAGCUACUCAAAGACAGCGACUUUGGCUUCCAUGAGCCGGUCAUGGCUCUUCGAUCUGUUAUCUUGGAGACAAUGCUUGAAAAAGAGACAAAUAGCUGCAGUCAGGACUGCCUCAAAACCAUCCUCACCAAGCACCUGGUGGAAUUCUCCAAAUUAGCUAGAAUUGCUGGAAAUACACAGCUUCCAGAGAAAGCAAUGUUUCAGAUUAAGAAACACAACCCGACCCAGUUAAUGGUGUCAGAGUGGCAACUUGAAGAGGCUCAGAUCUUCUGGGCUAAAAAGGAACAGAUUCUCGCCUUGGGCUUGCUGAAGCAAAUGAUUCAUAAACUGGAAUCUAACAGCAUUGAGGUGGAGAAUGAUUCCAACACACAGUUGAUUUAUGCUGAAUGCUUGCGGCUGUGUGGGAACUGGCUAGCGGAGACCUGCUUGCAAAACCCCACUGUCAUCAUUCAGAACUAUCUUGAAAAGGCCGUGGAGGUAGCAGAUUAUUUUAGUGGCAGCGAGGGUGACAAACUGCAGGAGGGGAAAACGAAGGCCUUCCUUUCCCUAGCUCGCUUUUCAGAUGCUCAGUAUCAAAGGAUUGACAAUUACAUGAAAUCCUCAGAGUUUGAAAACAAGCAAGCUUUGCUCAGGAAAGCAAAAGAGGAAGUUGGACUCAUGAGACAGCACAAGGUUCAGAAUAACAGAUAUACCGUGAAAGUUCAGAGAGAGCUGGAGCUUGAUGAGAAUGCCAUUUCAGCUUUGAGAGAGGACAGAAAACGGUUCCUGUGCAAAGCUAUAGAGAACUACAUCAGCUGUCUUGUCUCCGGAGAGGAACAUGACUUGUGGAUUUUCCGACUGUGCUCUCUUUGGCUGGAGAAUUCUGCCGUGUCUGAAGUCAACAGUGCGAUUAAGAAAAAUGUGGCAAAGAUACCUUCCCACAAGUUUCUGCCGUUGAUGUACCAGCUCGCUGCUCGGAUGGGAACUAAGAAAAUGGGCAGUUUGGAAUUUAUUGCCGUUCUUAACGAUCUCAUAAGCAGAGUUUGCCUGGAUCAUCCUUACCACACUCUGUUCAUUAUCCUGGCUUUGGCUAAUGCUAAUAAAGAUGAUGUCUUAAAGAAACCGGAAGUCGAGAAAAGAGGACGGCUCACCAAAAAUGCCCCCAAGGAGAUCUCUCAACAUGACGAGGAUCGAAUGGAAGCAGCAUCCCGUAUAGUGAACACAAUAAAGAAACAUAGACCUCGCAUGGUACAAGAUGUCGAAAGGCUUUGUGAUGCCUAUAUAAUAUUAGCCAAUAUGGAUGCAAAUAAUUGGAAAUCACAGAGAAGUGCCAUCCCCAUUCCAUCUGAUCAGCCCAUCACUAAACUGAAAAAUUUACAUGAUGUUGUGAUUCCAACAAUGGAAAUCAAGGUUGAUCCUAGUGGGAAAUAUGAAAACUUGGUGACAAUUAGCGGAUUUAAACCCCAUUUCCGCUUGGCUGGAGGCCUCAAUCUUCCGAAAAUAAUUGACUGCAUUGGUUCCGAUGGGAAAGAGAGAAGGCAGCUUGUUAAGGGUCGAGAUGAUUUGAGGCAAGAUGCUGUUAUGCAGCAGGUGUUCCAGAUGUGUAAUAUGUUGCUGCAAAGAAACAGUGAGACGAGAAAGAGGAAGCUGACGAUCCGCCGAUAUAAGGUGGUGCCCUUGUCCCAGAGGAGUGGGGUGCUGGAGUGGUGCACAGGGACAGUGCCUAUUGGGGAAUACCUGGUAAACGCGGAGGAAGGGUCUCAUCGCCGCUAUCGCCCUAAUGAUUAUAGCAGCUUACAGUGCCAGAAGAAGAUGAUGGAAGUGCAGAGGGCACGAUUUGAAGAAAAGUAUCAAACAUUUCUCAAUAUCUGUGAGAACUUCCAGCCCGUGUUCCGAUACUUCUGCAUGGAGAAGUUUUUAGAUCCUGCUGUUUGGUUUGAGAGACGUUUGGCGUACACUCGGAGCGUGGCUACAUCUUCCAUAGUUGGUUACAUUGUUGGACUCGGAGACAGACAUGUGCAAAAUAUCUUAAUUGAUGAAGAGACCGCAGAACUUGUACACAUUGACUUGGGAGUGGCUUUUGAACAAGGUAAAAUUCUUCCAACCCCGGAAACUGUUCCUUUUCGACUCACGCGCGAUAUUGUGGAUGGCAUGGGCAUUACAGGAGUCGAAGGCGUUUUCAGAAGAUGCUGUGAGAAGACGAUGGAGGUGAUGAGAAGCUCACAGGAAGCAUUGCUGACCAUUGUAGAAGUCCUACUCUAUGAUCCACUAUUUGAUUGGACAAUGAAUCCCCUCAAAGCACUUUACCUACAGCAAGACGAAGGGGAUCUCAAUGCAACCCUCGGCGGUGAUGACCCAGAAUGCAAUCGAAAUACAUGCAGUGACACACAGAGCUUUAAUAAAGUGGCAGAACGUGUUCUCCUGCGUCUCCAAGAGAAGUUGAAAGGGGUGGAAGAGGGAAUGGUUCUGAAUGUUGGAGGACAAGUGAACCUGCUCAUACAGCAAGCUAUGGACCCAAAAAAUCUCAGCAAACUUUUCCCUGGCUGGAAGGCCUGGGUGUAGCUCUAGGUCAUAAAAUGUAUACUUCUGCACUAUGCAUGUAAAUGGUAACAUGAUAAAAUAUGUAACAGGUUGGAACUUUCACAGUUCACUGUAUGCACAAUAGAUGAAGUCUGGUCUAUAUUUCAAUUUAAGAACCAAAGUUUCCAAUGCGGCAAUUACAUAUUUUGAAGUCCUGAAAAUAAAAUUCACAUUAAAGGAACACUAUAGCGUCAGGAAUGCAAACGCGUGUAUUCCUAACUCUAUAGUGUCCUGCUUGCAGUUUCCCCCCUCCUUCACCCGCACCCCUUUAUCCUGUAGCAUUUUAUAGCAAAAUGUGUCAAAGGUACCUCGGAAAUCCCUAAGGAGAUUCAAACAAACUGUUUAAUAAAUGUGUACAAAGCACUUUAGAAAAAAACUUUUAUUUUCCAGUUAUGAAAAAAAUUCCACUCAAAUAAUGUUUGUGACUUUUUAUUCAGAGACUAUAAAUUGAUUGCCUGUUGUUAUUUUUACUAACAUUGUUUGCGAUCUGGAUGUUAGUGGUUCUAAACUGGUGGUUUACUUGUUAAACUUCAUUUCAGAACAUGCUGUAGCUGUAUAUUUUCUUACUAAUAAAGUCAUGUUCUA